AUGCAUAAUUUGAGCUGUUACAACCCAGGUUCCUUUAUCUUUGUUGGCAUACCUGGCCUGGAGAAGAUCCACAUCUGGAUUGGAAUUCCAUUUUGUAUCAUCUACCUUGUGGCUAUUGUGGGCAAUUGCAGUCUUCUCUACCUCAUUGCAGUUGAGCACAGCCUUCAUGAGCCCAUGUUUUUCUUUCUCUCUAUGCUGGCCACCACAGACCUCAUCUUAUCCACUGCCACAGUGCCCAAACUGCUCAGUAACCUCUGGCUUGGCUCCCAGGAAAUAACCUUCUCUGGUUGUCUUACUCAGAUGUUCUUCCUCCACCUCAGCUUUGUAGUGGACUCUGCCAUCUUGUUGGCUAUGGCAUUUGAUCGCUAUGUGGCCAUCUGCUUCCCCUUGAGAUAUAACACCAUCUUGACUCAACAGGUGAUCAUUAAGCUUGUGAUGAGCAUUGUUGUGAGGAGCUUCUCUGUCAUCCUUCCAGUUGUUUUUCUGCUGAAAUGGUUGCCCUUCUGUAGGACAAGGAUCAUCCCACACAUAUACUGUGAGCAUAUAGGGGUUGCUCGGCUUUCCUCUGCUGACAUCUCCAUCAACAUUUGGUAUGGAUUUGCUGUACCACUAAUGACUGUCGUCUCAGAUGUGAUCUUUAUUGCUGUUUCGUACACCUUCAUUCUCCGUGCUGUCUUCCAUCUCUCAUCCCAGGGUGCCCGCCAAAAGGCCCUUAGCACCUGUGGGUCCCAUGUGUGUGUCAUUCUCAUGUUUUACACGCCUGCCUUUUUCUCCAUCCUUGCUCAUCGCUUUGGGCACAGUGUCCCUAGGCAUGUGCUCAUCCUAUUUGCCAACCUCUAUGUCACCAUCCCGCCUGCUCUAAAUCCUAUAGUUUAUGGAGUGAAAACCAAGCAGAUCCAGGAGAAAUUUAUUCUCUUCUUCUGUUUGAAGAAGAUGCAAUAA